AUGAAGCAGGAGUGGGCGCCGAGCGGCAGCCAGAGCGUGGUGAGCAGCGUAGCGGCCCGGACCUCUGGACGAUCAAACCAGCCACUGGAAUCCCACGUGUCCGUUCCCACUGCUGUCACUGCCACGCCCUCAGCGGAGAUGCCCCAGCACUCAAUGGGGGACAAGCCCCUUGUCUCGAUGCCGCAGCUGGUCUUCCCUGGCCCACCCUCAGGCACCAACAGCGAGUGUGAACACACCCCCCCCAGCAAGCAGGUGUCCCUCAGUGCACCCCUGAGCCAGCCGCUGUGCCAGCCCGAGAAGUGUGGGCCCCGGGCAGCCCAGGAGGUGUGCUACGUGGCAGCUGAACAGCCCGGGGAGGCUUGCGGCUGGCGGGCCUUUGCCCCCGCGUGCCUGCAGGCCUUCAACACGCCACGGGGCUUCCUGCUGUUCCUGUCCGUGGCCUCCUUCCUGCAGGGCAUGACGGUGAACGGCUUCAUCAACACUGUCAUCACGUCCAUUGAGCGGCGCUACGACCUUCACAGCUACCAGAGCGGCCUCAUCGCCAGCUCCUACGACGUGGCCGCCUGCCUCUGCCUCACCUUCGUCAGCUACUUCGGAGGCCACGGCCACAAGCCCCGCUGGUUGGGCUGGGGCGUGCUGGUCAUGGGCGCCGGCUCGCUGAUCUUUGCGCUGCCGCACUUCACUGCUGGCCGCUAUGAGGUACAGGUGGAUGAGGUCGUGGGGACCUGUGGGGCCAACCGCAGCUCAACGUGCAGGGAUGGCGCCUCCAGCCUGUCCAGCUACAGGCUGGUCUUCAUGCUGGGCCAGUUCCUGCACGGCAUGGGUGCCACACCGCUCUACACGCUGGGCGUCACCUACCUGGAUGAGAACGUCAAGUCCAGCUACUCACCUGUCUACAUCGCCAUCUUCUACACCGCGGCCAUCCUCGGCCCCGCAGCUGGUUACCUGGUGGGCGGCGCCCUGCUGAACAUUUACACCGAUAUCAGCCAACAGACGGAGCUGACCACCGAGAGCCCACUGUGGGUGGGCGCCUGGUGGGUCGGCUUCCUGGGCGCCGGGGCCGCUGCCUUCCUCAUCGCGAUCCCCAUCCUUGGCUACCCACGGCAGCUGCCAGGCUCCCAGCGCUAUGUGGUCAUGAGAGCAUCUGAAACAUACCAGUUGAAGGACAGUAGCCACGAGGUGACCAGCAACCCUGACUUCGGGAAAACCAUCAGAGACCUGCCUCUCUCCAUUUGGCUCCUCCUGAAGAACCCCACGUUCAUCCUGCUCUGCCUGGCUGGGGCCACCGAGGCCACGCUCAUCGCCGGCAUGUCCACAUUCGGGCCCAAGUUCCUCGAGUCACAGUUCAGCCUCAGCGCCUCGGAAGCUGCCACCUUGUUUGGGUACCUGGUGGUGCCAGCAGGAGGUGGAGGCACAUUCCUGGGUGGAUUCUUUGUGAACAAGUUCAAGCUCCGAGGCUCCAGCAUCAUCAAGUUCUGCCUGCUCUGCACCCUGAUCAGCCUGCUGGCCUCCUUCAUCUUCCUCAUGCACUGCCCCGGGGUGCCCAUGGCAGGCGUGACCACCGGCUACCAUGGGAGCCUCCUGCCUGAAGGCCACCUGGAGAUGAUGGCUGCCUGCAACAUUCACUGCGGCUGCCAGCCGGAGCAUUACAGCCCCGUGUGCGGCUCCGACGGCCUCAUGUACUACUCGCCGUGCUAUGCGGGUUGCUUGGAGGUGGCCGUGCCCGGCCCGGGCGGCCAGAAGGUGUACCGAGACUGUAGCUGUGUCCCUCAGAAUUUUUCCUCUGGUUUUGGCCAUGCUACCGCAGGGAAAUGCACUUCAACUUGUCAGAGAAAGCCCCUCCUUCUGGUUUUCAUAUUCGUUGUAAUUGUCUUUACCUUCCUCAGCAGCAUUCCUGCACUAACAGCGACUUUACGGUGCGUCUGUGAUCAGCAGAGAUCCUUUGCACUGGGAAUCCAGUGGAUCGUGGUUAGAACUCUAGGCAGCAUCCCGGGGCCCAUUGCCUUCGGCUGGGUGAUCGACAAGGCCUGUCUGCUCUGGCAAGACCAGUGUGGCCAGCAGGGCUCCUGCUUUGUGUACCAGAAUUCGGCCAUGAGCUGGUACCUGCUCAUCGCAGGGCUGGGGUACAAGGUCCUGGGCUCCAUCUUCUUCGCCAUUGCCUGCUUUCUGUACAAGAGCCCAUUGGGGUCUUCUGAUGGCCUGGAGGCUUCUCUGCCCAGCCAGUCCUCGGCCUCCGACAACCCCUCAGACCUUCAGGAAGCCCCCUCAGCUCUCCGGAUCCAGAGUAACAUCUGA